GAGGGUUCACAGGUCAGGGGUUGCCAACGAAAGAGGAAGAUGGCGGACCGAGCUGCAGGCAACGAUGAAACAGGUUUAGCAGGCAGAUAAUACUUAAAUAGAAAAGCGCAUGUACGGCACAUUCCGACCACUGUCCUUUAAGGCUCUUACAAGGAACAAGGACACUAAUGGCGCUGCUUUACGGCUUGUUAUGGCGGCUACUGCUGGUUCUGGUCCACGUCAACAGAGCACUCGUAGUCUGGCUCCGUGUCCGGCUUCGGAGCUGGAAGGGGCGGCUGUGGGAGCGGGCGGUGGCUGGUCUGCUGCUGCCAGUAGCCCUGGCCGGGUUCCCGGACCACCAGAAAAAGUUGGAUCAAAACCCCGAUGCCAACGCUAACCCGGUGACUGGAAACCGCACUGCAGGUCGCCGAUCACGGUGGCUGUCUGACGGAAGGUCUCUGGAGAAACUGCCGGUCCACAUCGGCCUGUUGGUGACGGAAGAAGAACCUAGCUAUACGGACAUCGCAAACCUUGUGGUCUGGUGUAUGGCUGUCGGCAUUUCUUACGUCAGCGUUUAUGAUAAUCACGGUGUUUUUCGCAAGAACAACUCCCACCUGCUGGAGGAGAUCGUCAGGCAGCAGCAGGACUUGCUGGGUGCAGAAGGAUCCAAAUGCAAUGUGGAGUUCCUGAGCCAUGGCAGUGACAAACGGCAGCACCACGUGGUGUCCUGCAGCCCCACAGUGAAGGUGCUGUCUCCAGAGGAUGGGAAGCAGAGCAUUGUCCAGGCAGCGCAGCAGCUCUGUCGCUCCGUGGAGAACAAAGAAAGGAGCUCCAAAGACAUCAGCGUCUCCAUGCUGGACGUACUGCUAAGAGAAUCCAAGAACGUCCCGGACCCUGAGCUGGUGGUGAAGUUUGGUCCCGUGGACAGCACGCUGGGCUUCCUCCCCUGGCACAUCCGACUCACUGAGUUCAUCUCGCUGCCCUCUCACAGAAACGUGUCCUAUGAGGACCUGUUGAGCGUCCUGCAGCGGUUCGGUUCUUGUCAGCAGCGGCUGGGCCAUUGAUGCGCCUCCCCUCCCCCGCCACCCGUGCCAGGCUCCUCAAACAAAAAAGAGGGUUGGUGAGUGCACACAGUCAAGAGGAGAGUGAAUGAGCCCUCCACGAUUCGCUGUGUCCCUCGCUGCUCCUCUGUGCCCAACUCUGUCCGUCUCCUGGAUCUUUUAACAGACUCAAAGGACAAGCUCGGAGACCAGCCAGCUCACUUCCUGCCACCAGCUCUUGUCUCAUAAUAACACCGCAUUCCAGGACUUCUGGAAGCCGAGGGGAAAAUAGCACAUCGGAGACGGAGACACACACGGACAUAAGAGGACUGUCUGCACAGACUCCGUGUUCCACAAAACCCUGUUCUGUUUUCCCCUCCAACCCCUCUUUGGCUCACUGUUUGCCAUUCAGUCUCCAGCUGCUGUUUUCUGCUCGCAGACUUAGAAAAUGACUCGCCUUCACUCGGCGGAUGACAAAAGAAGAAACAAGGCUUUGUGCCCGUCUUCGAGAGGCACCCCGGAGGGAAAUCCAGCUGCGUCUCGGAGAGGGUAUCUCGACUGCCCAACCAAACAUGAGGCCACAAAGCGGAAGUUGAGCUUGGGGACAGCGGUUAAUGAUGUGUAAAUAUGAGAAAUUCAUAUGGCUCUGUGUUUGUUGUCCCGGUGGCCUCCAGUUUGCAGUUGUGUGUUCAUGCUUAGUAUUACUUCGGAUACAUAACCGAGGUUUGUCAAGGCUCCUGUUAGACUGUCCACGUUCUGAAAUAAAGAAAAUGCACUGGCUGCCUUCAGUCCAAUUCUAUGUCACUUUAAAAGGAGUCCCUGACGAAACUCCCCCCAUAUUCAAUAAUGACUCACUCAACACAGUUCCGUAUUUGGGUCUCAUAAUGUGAGGAUAAGCGGUGUAUAGCCACCUCAAGUUCAGACCAUGUUGUCACGUUUCUAUUAUCACGCCCAGCUAUCCUCACAGAUUUGACAAACGUUACCAUCAUUGAUAUUAACGGUUGCACUCUCUUCAGUUAAUAUCUGGAAACAUGGUGACAUCACUGAGGAGCAGGUUGCAAAGAAACGCGAGCAGUGGAAACGAUCCGACGGGAAGAAAACGACCCUUCAGUUUGGACAAACUCAUUUGGAGGAGAAAUAAACCGGUAUUAACAUGCCAGUUACCAGGGGUGGGAUACAACUAUAGACUUGUCAAACACAAAUUAUAAGAAUAAUAAGAACUGUUUCACUGAUGCUUUUUGUGUUGUGACAAAAUGUUUGCUGUGGAAAAAGAUAAAAUGUUCCUCUAGUUCAGGAAAAAACGCUGGCAAAUAUUUACUUGCAGUUUUUCUUUAUGCCCCCUGCAUGGAAAAAAAAUGUUUUUGGGAUGUCGGGCCGUCCGUUCCAUUCUUGUGAACGUGAUAUUUCAGAAACGCAUGGAGGGAACUUUCUUUCCAAAGAUUAACUGAUUAAAACUUCUAAGUCAAAGGUUAAGGUCACUGUGACCUCACGUCGAUCCCCUUCUUGUGAACAUAAUUUGACACAAAUGUCCACCUAGGCCAAACGGUCAAGUUUUUAGAAUUUGGUGGUAUAAAGGGUUUUUUGGGCCAUAAUUCAAGAACUCGUGCUAAUUGUGACAUUUUCAACAUCUGUGAUGACAUUUUGUGAUGAGCUUACAUCUGGUUGUUUAUUUGCACAAAGGAAAUAAAUGAGAAACAAGUUCAUGCUCUAGA